AUGUCACUGCUUCGUAACAUUGAUAUCUAUUCAAUCCUCGUCCUUGCCAUUCUCCUCAUACCCGCUUAUCUCAUCUACGCAAAAAAUAAACGACGAUCUUUAUCUCUCGAUCCUCAAGAAGCUCUCAAGCAGGCUGGUGGAUUUAUUCCGUAUAUCAAGAAACUCCAUUCUGAGCAAGGCCCUAUUGCCAGUCAUGGUCUACCAAUGCCAAAUACCAUAUCCUGCAUAGACACCGCGGUGAUGAAAGCCACAUUAUCUUGUGGAAAUCGACCAAAAGAAUUAUUUGCCUUUGUGGCUGACCUCUUGGGUCAUGAUAAUCUUCAAAUUUAUGAGCAAGGUCGGGCGGCAAGAUUCAGAAAAUCAGUAGGCGCAGCUUUCGGUCAAGAAGCAGUUAUUGAAGCCAAAUUCCCAACGCUUUGCGAUAUUGGCAUUCAAUUUAUAAACGAAUGGAAGAAGGCAGCCGAAGAAAGCAGAAAUGGAGCUGUAAUACGAAUGCAGGAUGAUUGUCUUGCUCUAUCUACGGAAGGUAGAACGGAUAUCGACCUGACCGAAUUCAAAAAGGCAUAUGAUCUCGUUCUGGGUGGUCUUUUCGACAAGCAAUUUGGUCUUUUUGAUGAAAACGAGAACCAGAAAAUCCAAGAUGCCCUAAAAUAUGUCCAAGAAAACGUUAAGAAUCUUAUAGAUCAAAGACAAGAAGAAAUCAAGAGAGGCGGAAAGGAAAAAGGGGCAAGAGAUUUGUUGACGAUCAUGAUUGAAGACAAUGAUCCAGAGACUGGUGAGCCGUUUACAGAUGAUAUGAUAUACAUGAUAAUGACAUGUUUCUUGAUCGCUAGCUACCACACGUCUGGUAUUGGUAUCCUUUGGACACUUUUCUGCUUGGCGCAAAUGCCAGAAAUUCAACGUCGUCUCCAGAAAGAAAUAGAUACGAUGCUUCACGGUCGUCUGCCUUCUCUUGCGGAUCUUGCGGAUCUUGAAUUUCUCAAUUCAGUGGUCAAAGAAGCAUUUCGCCUGCACUCACCCAGUGUCUUUGUUGCGCGAUUAUUACCCACUGACACGCCAUCUACGUUUACAUUAACAAAUGGAGAUGAAUUAUCACUCGAGCCCGGGACAACAGUGCUAUUCCCCACACCUCUAGUCCAUUCGAGUAAAGAUUACUACGCCAAUCCAGAGACGUUUGAUCCUGACAGAUGGAGUCAACAGAGAAAAGACGAAAUUAAGCCAUUAACCUGGUUACCUUUCGGUUAUGGGGCGAGAAUAUGUCCAGCCGAGAGAUUGGCAAUGGUGGAAGUUAAGUUGAUAUUGCUAUUGAUUAUGCAGAAUUUUGAUGUCGAAUUGGCUAUUCCUGCAGAGAAGGUUGAAGAGGCCGAGAGGUUCGUUCUUAUGGCUAAAGAUGAUAUACCUAUGAGAUUAAAGUCGAGGGGCUUGUGA